AUGGCCGAUUCUGCUCCUCAAGACACUGUCCCGAGUACUCCUCCCGAGCACGAAACUGUUGCAACUCUUCCAGUCUCUACUCCCUUCCAACCCACUCAAUUAGUGGGACAACCCUAUCCAGUGCGCAAUACUGUGAUCCAAGUCGCUGCAUCGUCGCCUCCGGGCCCGCUUUCAUCCCCCCCUCGCAAACCCCAGGCUCACCUUUCAUCCUUAAUCGCCCCUUCGGGUACUCACUUCCGUCCUCCUGCUUCCGGUCCUGCGAAGCGCACCCCCAAGUUUGAUCUUGACGACGGACCAACCUACCGAGGUGGCUCUUCAGACGAAGACUCGCACCUUCAAACCACCGAUAUCAAGCCUUCUACGUUUGAGAGAACAAUUCGAAGCCCAGAAAAAGUGAUGGAAUCUCCUGUGCGUACCGAUCCCGCAAUGGAUCGGUUCCGCGAAAUCACGGCCAAUGCCAUGUACGAUCCGAAGAACGCCCCCAUGAAGCGAUCCGCCGAUGAGAUGAGUCCACCUUCGACCAAGGGGGUCGCCAUGAAGAAGGCCCGUCAGGAUGCGCCAGCGCGCGCACAACCAGUCGGAGAGCCCGACAUUCUCCUGCACGAAAUCGCCGAUUUCCGAGUCCGCAUCAAGGUCGAGCGUGUGUUGAAGGUUAUGCCUGAGCUGUCAGUGCGCACAUGCAUGAAUGCUAUUAUCCAGGCUAAGGGAAAUUACGAUGCUGCCCUUGAGGCCUUGGCCAACACGCAGACUACGAAUGGCAAUGCCCAGGCCGUUGUUAUCGACUCCUCCGACGAUGAGUUGGGAACUGCCCCAGCCACUGGAGCGGCUCCCGUCGCUAAGCAAAACAUCAAGGCCCGUGGAACGAUUCAAGAUAAGUGGGCUGCAAUGAAGAUGUUCAAGGGCGGAGAAUCCGAGGAUGAAGCCAAGCCGCGCCGUCGACUCGUCCGAGGUCCCAAGUCAGAUGCCGCCUCGCGCCCUGCAUCGCCUCCUCGUGCGAUUGUGCUCAGUGAUGAGCCCGCCCCCAAGAAGGGCCGACUCCAAAAGGGACGCAGGAACCGCUCACCUGAUCGCUCUGAAUCCCCCGAGGCUAUGAUGAGCGACUCAGAUGACUCUGACGUUCCAGUGAAGGAAUCUGCCGCUGGCGGCCUGGAUUCCAAGGUUCUCAAGUUUAUGAAUACUGCUUCUGUUACUGAUAUCGCCGAUCUGGCCUCCGUUCCCGAAGAUGUGGCUCAGCUCAUUGUGUCAAACCGUCCUUAUCACCAUCUUGAUGAGGCCCGUAUGGUGGCUGUCCCUGUCCCUGAGUCGAAGCAAAAGGGCAGACGAGGUGGAAAGGCGCCCAAGCCCAUCGGUGACAAGAUUGUCGACAAGUGUGUUGAUAUGUGGACCGGCUACAUGGCAAUUGAUGCUCUUGUGAGCGAGGUCGAGACACUGGGCAAGCCUGUCGCCGACGAGAUGAAGAAAUGGGGCGUGGAUACCUUCGGCAAGCGUGAAGGCGAGCUUGAACUGACCAGCCUCGCCCCGGUUCCCAAGGUGGAACACGACUCUGGGAUCUCGACUCCCACUUCCCGCCCUUCGCCUGAUAGCGACGAGGACGGCCUUGUACCUGCCAAGCGCAAGUCUCGUUUGAUUUCACAGCCUUCUAUCAUGGCUGAUGAUCUGGUGAUGAAGGAUUAUCAAGUUGUCGGCAUCAACUGGCUGAGACUGCUGUAUGAGAACGAUUUGAGUUGUAUCUUGGCCGAUGACAUGGGUCUGGGCAAAACAUGCCAGGUCAUUGCUUUCCUGGCCCACUUGUAUGAGACGGGUGACAAGGGCCCGCAUCUGAUUGUUGUUCCCUCCUCGACCAUCGAGAACUGGCUUCGAGAAUUCCAAAAGCCGAACGUGCGAUGA